AUGAUCUCCCUUCUGCCUAUCCUGUGCGCGCUGGGCUUGCUCGUCUCGCCUAGCGCCGCUCACCCCGCGACCAACUUUAACAAGGCCAUCACCCGCGUCCAGCCUAUGUCCCACGCUUCCCUCGCCACUCGUGGCCGUGUCCACGCCAACAUGACCUCGUGGGCUGCCACUGAUGUGAUCCCCGCCGCCAACGCGACCGGCUCGCUCGACAAGCGGGGCACCAGGUGGGGCAAGUACAAGUCCUACUCCGGGGACGCGUUCAUGGACGAGAGUCUGUGGGACUACUGGACGCGCGACGACCCGACCCACGGCAAGGUCAACUACGUCUCGCUCUCUCAGGCUCGCGAGCACGGACUGGUCGGCAUCAACCCCGAGGGGCAGUUCAUCAUGGCCGCCUCCUCAACGAGCACCUCUGAGCGCGGCCGUGAUUCGCUUCGUAUCCACUCCCGCGAGCGUUUCUCCAACUACCUGGUCAUCCUGGACCUCCACCACAUGCCAGUCGGCAAGGGCGCCUGGCCUGCCUUCUGGUCGAACGGCGACGCCUCUAUCCGCGGUUGGCCCGACUGCGGUGAGAUUGACAUCCUCGAGGGCGUGCACGACAGCGGCCAGAACCAGUUCACCAUCCACACGGCGCGCGAUGGCUCGUGCCGCCUCAAUCCCUCCAGUGACCGCUUCAAGUACACGGGCACCUUUGCGGCGCACCAGGAGAAUGGCGCCUGUGACGGUAACCUCGGGUGCAGCGUUCGCAACGCCGACGAGAGGGGGUGGGGCACGCCGCUGAACCAGCACCAGGGCGGAUAUUUCGUUGCCGAGUUCAGUCCCCGCGGUGUUUACCACUGGUUCUAUCUCCGCCAGGACUGGCCUGAGAGUCUCAGGUCCCUUCCCGACCAGAUCGACACGGACGUCUUCGGCGUACCCCUCGCUGCGUUUGGCGGUGACGGCUGCGACGUCGGCAAGCACUUCACCCCGCAGCAGUUCAUCUUCGACAUUACGUUCUGCGGCGACUGGCUCGCCAAGGAGUGGGCUGGAGACAACGACGAGCAGAGGCGCGCCCAGUGUGAGGGCUUCGUCAUGGACCGCAACAACGACGCCAAGUUUAGGGACGCGUACUGGGCCAUCAACAGUAUGGUCGUUUACACCGAGUGA